AUGCCUGGCCCCGUGGACACCGCCAAGUCCAUCAACAAGCGCAAGAGAAAACACGGCUCGAAAUCAGAGAGCGAUGUCGCCAAACCAGUGGAAGCCAAAUCCAGCCCUUCAGUGACCCCGAAAAAGACCAAAGUUUCGACUCCGAAGGCUUCAGCGGAGAAGGCUACCAAGAAGCGCAAGGUCAGCCCUUCGCCAACUCCUGAGGAAGAAAGCGGCGAUGAGGCCGAAGCUGUCGAGGAUGUCGAGGAGGUGGAUGCGCAGGAGGACGGCGAUGCCAAAGAGGUCGAUGCUGAAGAUGCCGCUGCUGUAAAUGGUACGGACCUUCCCACUAUGGAAGAUGUCCGUCUGCCCCAGACCGAGGGCGAGCUGCAGAAGUUCUCUGAGCUCAACCUUUCGGAGAAGACCAUGAAGGGUAUUGAGGAUAUGGGCUUCACAACCAUGACCGAGAUUCAACAGCGUACCGUUCCCCCUCUGCUUGCUGGUCGUGAUGUGCUCGGUGCUGCCAAGACCGGCUCCGGAAAGACUUUGGCUUUCUUGCUCCCUGCAAUUGAGAUGCUGCACGCCCUGCGCUUCAAGCCCAGAAACGGUACUGGUGUUCUCGUCGUCUCUCCCACCCGUGAAUUGGCCCUGCAGAUCUUCGGUGUCGCCCGUGAACUCAUGGCCCACCACUCGCAGACAUACGGUAUUGUUAUCGGAGGAGCCAACCGUCGCGCCGAGGCCGAGAAGCUGAUGAAGGGUGUCAACCUGCUUAUCGCAACCCCUGGCCGUUUGUUGGAUCACCUUCAAAACACCCAAGGAUUCAUCUUCAAGAACUUGAAGACCUUGGUCAUUGACGAGGCAGACCGAAUUCUCGAAGUCGGUUUCGAAGAUGAAAUGCGCCAGAUUGUUAAGAUUCUGCCAAAAGAAGAGCGUCAAACUAUGCUUUUCUCUGCCACACAGACCACCAAGGUCGAGGAUUUGGCCCGUAUAUCUCUGCGCCCCGGACCGCUGUACAUUAACGUCGACCACCGAAAGGAGCACAGUACCGUGGCUGGUCUGGAACAGGGCUACGUGGUGUGUGAGGCAGACAAGCGUUUCCUGCUUCUGUUCUCAUUCCUCAAGCGUAACCUCAAGAAGAAGAUCAUCGUCUUCUUCUCAAGCUGCAACUGUGUGAAGUACCAUGCCGAGCUUUUGAACUACAUUGAUCUUCCCGUUCUGGAGCUUCACGGAAAGCAGAAGCAGCAGAAGCGUACCAAUACUUUCUUCGAGUUCUGCAAUGCUAAGCAGGGAACCUUGAUCUGUACUGAUGUUGCUGCUCGUGGUUUGGAUAUUCCCGCCGUCGACUGGAUUAUCCAGUUCGAUCCCCCUGAUGAUCCUCGUGACUACAUUCACCGCGUCGGACGUACCGCUCGUGGUAAGGAAGGCAAGGGUCGCAGUCUGAUGUUCCUUCAGCCUUCCGAAGUUGGUUUCCUGAAGCACCUCCAGGAGGCCCGUGUGCCGGUCGUGGAGUUUGAGUUCCCUGCCUCCAAGAUUGUAAAUGUUCAGUCUCAGCUGGAGAAGCUCAUUGGUCAGAAUUAUUAUCUCAAUAAGUCCGCCAAGGAUGGUUACCGUUCUUAUCUUCAAGCAUACGCCUCGCACUCUCUCCGCACCGUUUUCGAUGUCAACAAGCUCGACCUCGUCAAGGUCGCCAAGGGCUUUGGCUUCAACGCCCCUCCUCGCAUUGAUAUCCAAUUGGGCUCCAGUCUCAGCCGCGACAAGAAGCAGGAGCAGCAAGGACGCCGCACAUACGGCAGCCAGCCCAAGCACGGUGCUGGACUGAAGUUCAAGCGGAAGCACAACGACUAA